AUGCCAAAAGAAAAUGCUCACUUUAUACAUGCCUACCUCAAGAAAAAGAAGUCUCCUUCUCACAUUACAGCGGAAGAGGCGGCAGGAAUUGGCAUCCUGGCUGUGAUCCUGGGGGUUUUGCUGCUCCUUAGCUGCUGGUAUUGCAAGAGACGCAGUGGCUACAAAACCCUGCAGGACAAAAACUUUUGCGCUGGUACUGGGAAAGCCCUGAUGGGGAAUUACUACGGGGAUGAGGGUGCUCUCCCUGUCAGCAAAGGGCCCUUUCAGGAGAACAGCAAUUGUAACUCUGUGAUACCUGAUGCUCCACCAGCUUAUGAGAAGUUCCCUGCAGAACAGUCCCUACCACCUUAUUCUCCUUAA